AUGGAAAAUCCAGAAGAUUUAGAACAUAUAUUAUCAUGUCAUUGGCCACAUUUAUUUGCCUCAAUAGAUCCAACAACACCAAUAACAUUAUCGAAAUUAUCAACACGUAAUUGGUUAAUAUCUUCAACAUCUGGUUUAUCAUAUGUAUUAAAAAGUGCCUCAUCAUUAUCAAUAAAUUCUCUUGAUUUUGAAUUACAAUAUUUAAUUGAUUUAAAUAGAUUUUUAUCAAAUGAAUAUCGUGUACCUCAACCAAUAUCAACAGUAACAGGACAAUAUCAUGCUAAUGGAAGAUAUUGGUUAUAUGAAUAUAUUGAUGGAAAAGUUUAUGCUGAUAAUGAUACAUCACAUUUAUUUGAUGAAAAAGAACUUAUUUCAUUAGCUAAAUGUAUUUCAAAAUAUCAUCAAUUUUUAAUGACACAUUCACCAUCAUUAGCAACUAAUAAAAGAAGUACAACUAGAGAACAUCUUAUUGAUGAACUUAAACAAGCUGCAGUAAUUAUUAAGAUUUUUAGAUUUUUUAAAAAACAAAAAAAAAAAAAUUAA